ACGCGGAAAUAUUGGCAAUCAGCUGAUUUUGUUUACAGGACUACGGGAGGAUUCCUCGGUUACUUCAGUCCCAAGAUAACUGAAAUAUCAACACGGGUCUAGCAUUUCGUGUGUUAUAACCCGCGUAUAUUGCGAACAGAGAGGACGGAGUACACACUGUAUGAAAUAUCAAAACAUGAUGAAAUUUUCGAAGACAUUUUUAACAAUAGUAGUUGUUUUGUGCUCUCUCUUUGCCAUCUGUAAUGGUAAAGUAACGGCGCAGAAUAUGUCAGACGGGGACAAAGCCAGAUGGGUUAUUUCUACCUUAGGACCUAAGCCAGAGCGCAUAGGUGCAGCCAUCUAUGAUGCAGGAAACAGCCUGAUAUCGAAAAUAGGGGCCCAAGCCACAUCAAUUCUUCUAAAAGGACUUCUGCAGGAAACGAAGAACCCAGCGAUGGGACGAGUUGCAGACAUAAUUCUUGACCAUUUUUCAGAUGCAUACAACCUAUCUGGGGUAGGGACGUGGAAUGAAUCAAUGCUCAACACCUACAAAAGUCAGGUGGCGGGGUUGAUUCUGAGCAAAAUGGAUUUUGUUGGAACUGUACAUGAUUUAACUAGACUGGGAAGUGCCAGGAUGAUUAUGCCUUUCACCAACAAAUCCAAAGUGAAUCCAGAUUGCUACGAAGAUUCCAUGGAUGUUCUGGACGCUGUGAACGAGAUGCAAAGGAGUGAUUUAGCGUGGGCUAGAACAAUGUUCGACGCAACAGGAAAGCUGCCUUCAGGAGUCCUAAAGGGACACAUGACGUCACUGGGAUCCUAUGACUCUUGUCUUGAAAUCCAUGCCAGAAUUCCCAAAAACAUCGUUAUCGGUGCCAAAAACAAAACGUCCUCCCGCUACCCACGGGAUUUCGAUACCAAGUAUUGUCGAGCAACAAUGACUCUCAAUCCAUCCGUGUUUGGAAGUGGGGUGGACACCCAUGGCAUUCAUCCUAUUUUGACCCUAGGCUUAUGUCUUCCUGACUCGUGCAAGGCGGAUGAUAUCGAAGGCAUUAUGAGGCUUGGAUACCUCGGUCGAAGUCUCGGGUCGAAUGUUGAUAACACGGUGGUGUACUGUCCGGAGAAACGUUCCAUAGCAGACGACACACCAGCAGUUGUCGCAGUCGUGAUUUUGUCAGUGUUCGGGUUCUUGGUGGUUUGUGGAACAUUGUAUGAACUCCGACAACAGUUUAUCGCAGACAAAGGAGAUGCUUCGAAUACAAUUAAUCGGAAAAAUGAUCAUUAUGACGUCAUAGGCAAGGUACCACAAAACAACUACGCAUCAUUGAAUAAAGCUUUCGUAAUCGAGGAAUCAAAAUCCAAUGGAGAUGUGAAACAACAAAACGGAAGUGGUGGCAUACAGAAUGGAAACACAAUUACAGAACUUCCGGCUGGUUACAUGCAGCACAAAGAAGACGACAAUCUUAACCCCGCCGGGGUUUCUAACAAGAAAAACGGAGAGGUGGACACAAGCCACUAUGUAACCGUUACUGUCAACAAGAAGCCGCAGUCUGAGACAAAGCUCAAUGCGAUACAGAAGAAAAAUGGGACAUUUGGAGCUUUUCUCAAGAGCUUCUCGGUCAUUACCAACGGCCCAAAACUUCUGUCUGGAAAAAGUGGCACAGGCGCCAUCACAUGUCUUCACGGAAUUAGAUUCUUCAGUAUCACGUGGAUUAUGCUCGGGCAUACCUACAACUACGGCCUAGUGACAAAUCCGGGUGUCAUGACAACAAUAAACUUUGUAGACGCCAUACCAAUGACACAGCGGUUUUCAUACCAAGCAGUUGUCGGAGCUGGUUAUGGUGUAGAUACAUUCUACAUGAUCAGUGGAAUGCUUCUUGCACUAAUUCAAUUAAAACAAAUGGCAAAACUAAAGAAAGACCCCAAGGCAGGGAAGGUUGGAUACUACGUGUUUUACUACUAUUUUCACAGGUUUUGGAGGUUGACACCAAUGUACAUGAUAAUUCUGAUGAUCUAUACUUGCCUGACUACAUAUAUUGGUGACGGUCCUAUGUGGCCAAAGCAGAUUGAGUCUGCCGAAAACUGCCGAGAGAGUUGGUGGACAAACCUCCUUUAUGUCAACAACCUCGUCCUGGUAGACAAACAGUGCAUGGCAUGGUCGUGGUUCCUGGCAAAUGACAUGCAAUUCUAUGUGGUUUCACUGAUUCUUUUGUUCUUCUUUACGGUAAACACCAAGCUGGGCUCGCUUUUCGUUUUCUUGCUGAUGGCUGCAGGGAUUGUGUCUGCUGGAAUUAAAGAGCACAAAUACAACGGAAGCUUCUUCACAAUGAAGUCUGAUGGAGGAGCUUUCUGGAACAACGUUUACAUAACUCCCUGGUGUCGUGUCGCUGCGUUUUGCAUUGGCUUGUUUCUUGGUCUCAUUUUCUACAAAAAACCAAAGGCCACAUUAUCUAAGACGAAAACCUUUAUUGGGUGGUGCUUAGCAGCCUCAAUUGGAUUUACUCUCGUCUACUGCACACAUACUGAAAAUAAGAAAAAUGGCACUACCUGGUCACGAGAUUUCCGUGCUGUGUAUGAGUCCGUUGGAAGACCUCUGUGGGCUGCUUGUGUAGCAUGGGUGAUCGCAGCCUGUCAUUAUGGCCGUGGAGGUAUUAUAAACUCCAUCUUGUCUUGGAGUGGGUUGGUUCCACUGUCCAGAAUGUCCUAUGCAGCCUAUCUUGUGCACCCUAUUCUGAUGAUGAUUUACGUGUUUUCAAAGAGGUCACUCGUGUAUAUUGCUGAUUAUGACAUUAUUUAUUUAUUCCUUGGGCAUACUGUGGUGACGUUUAUGGUCUCUUUCGUGGCAUCACUGGUCUUCGAGGCUCCUUUUAUGGCUUUGGAGAAGUUAAUUGUCGGUGGAAGGAAGUGAGCACGUAGUCAUUAACAACCGACAAUAUUUGCUUUGGAUUCUCUGUAGGUCUUUGUAGAUUUUUGUAUGUAAAAGUUAUAUUUAUUACUCAAAUUUUGUGAAUAUCAUGUUAUUGACACACAUUGUAUAAAGUGCUGAGAGAAUUUGACCUGUACUUACAUUGUAAAUUUAACAUUCUGAUGAAUUGUCUUUGCUUAUCAAGAGAUUCUAGUGGUGAGGAAGGGAUCUACGCGAUGGUAGAGCAGAGGAAAUAAAAUGCAUAAAUAUAUUGACUACGUUCUACAGUGCAUGUUACAUGUACCUUGGACAUUGAUGAAAAAAGCUAUAAAGGAGCUUCAAUUUGACAAAUAUUGCUAUGUUUAAAGUGCUGAUGUUUUGCUGAAAAAUGCAUCAAAAUCUUCUAUUUUCAGAUCUGUGAUAUUUUUUACUUCAUUAAAUGCUUACAAAAUUUA